CUUUUCACAACUUCAUCGACCCGAAUCUGGCCUUUGAAUCCUUCUACAACGGCACAGUCGACUUGACCUACCAUGUCAUUCUACGACUCUGAACUAACGGCCUGUAUACAGCAGCUGCAGCUGAAUUGACUCCAUUUCUCGAGCAAUACAUCAAACAGAUCGCAUAGGAUUGCCUAGAAAAUAAGCUCCAGCAUGUGGCUCCCGGUACUGUAUCCGUCACAUCCGUGGCGCAGCGGUAUAUCUGACAGCGCCUACCACACUAACCCGAAAAAGGCGUGCCUUGCGAGCCGGAGGUGGUCGCUGCAUCAGUCCGGUGGGUCGCACGAAACAACGUGCCGUAUAUCGCAUUGUCCUCGUAAUCGUCCUGCUUGGCCUUCUGGUAUGGGCUUUUGGGAUGAUUGUGAGUUCGGAAUGGUCCUUACCUCCGCCCUAGAAGACGCCCCCAUACAUCGGUGGGCUUACCAAAGAAUGCUGAACCCUUCAAUUGGAGAGAGCCACAAAUGGUGCCAAGGUUCUGAGCCGUGAUAGAAGACGACGAUAUCGUGGCUAAUGCUAGACAUCGCGUAUCGAAAUUGGUGCUGCCUGGCAUUUGAGUUGCCGAAUACAUUUGACAAGUUGCGAUCAACCAGAAGAGUUGGUUGCUCUGCGUUUCUUGAUGAAGGUGUUGUUGCAGGUCAAGGUUAUCCGGACUCCAUAACGCCAUUGCAGAAAACCGGAGAUGGUCUACUUCGGUCCAUCGGGAGGAUGCAAGACUUGUCGAACCAGACGGGUCAAGUGCGAUCAAACAAAACCACACUGCAACAACUGCGUUCGGCGGCAUCAAACAUGCCCUGGCUAUGGCGAUGUGUUUGAUGCGGCCCAUCGAAGCGAGAACAAUGUCGUUCUUCGACGUAUCGAGCGGCAGAAUGCUGCACAGAAAAAACGGCCGAGCAACGGUACGCCAUCCGGUGAUAGAUCGAUUGUGCCGUCGACGUUGAAACCCUCCGCGCUUGCCUCACCUCCAGGUUCUGGCAUCGCGCUCUGCCGGGUCAAUUCCUCAAGUUCCUCAGAGAAUGCCUCCGUCUGGGAUGAGUCGGACUCUUCCACGUCAAUGGACGGACGGGUCUCGAACAACUUUACGUCCAUAGUCCCUGGUGUGAUCCGGCAAGACCCAAAAGAGGCUUCGAUCUGCUUCUUUUUCCAUUAUUAUACUGGCAUCGUCCACGAUCCCCAGGCAAAGAAAAGCUUCACUAAGCUGUGGCAACCAAUGUACCACCACUCGUCGGCCGACUCUCCAUUACGACAUGCCACUGCCGCAGUCACGGUUAACAUUGCUAUGAUGUGGAAUUUCCAGGGUUGUGAUUCACCACCUGCACGGAGGCUUUAUGCAAAAGCCAUAUCGUCUACCCGCGAAGCACUGGCUACUCCUUCGAAAACGUCCUUAGACGAGCUGCUCAUGACUAUUCUGCUCUUUGACCUUUACGAGGCGCUUCUUGCACAUUAUCUGCCUGAGCUGCCACAGUCUGGCGGACAUAAGCAAGGAGCAUUGGCCCUCCUGAAACUUAGGGGUGCCUCUAACUAUGCCACGGAAUUUGGUCGUGAACUGGUGACUGCCACUCGGAACGCUCUUCUUCACCAUGCGUUGUCCUGGCGGGUUGCUCUUCCACCUGGCGCAGAAGAGCACCUUGAAAAUCCUUUGGUUGAAGACACCAGGAUAACACAGCUUGACAAGAUUGGGAUGGAAAUCGUUGAUGUGCAGAGCCGGCUAUGGAACUUGAAGCGGGAAGCCCCGUUAGCAAGAAGUCCUAUUGAUCGUCGCCAGGAAUAUGAGACACUAAUUGCAGAAGCGGUCACGAUCGACACCCACCUGCUGACGUGGAAACGAAGCAUUACAUUUCCUCACUGGCACCCACAUUACCUACGGCGAGGCGAGGUCACGCCUUCAAUUGUGGCUGCCGGCUUUUAUGGAGAGCGAUGUUCUGUCUGGCACGACCUCGCCUUUUCGAAUAUAUGGAACGAAUGGCAUAGACGUCGGCUGCUUACCUUGCAGAUGAUCCGCGAUGUCUCCGCCACGGAGCCUAGGAUCUUCGAAAACCACAAGUACCGUGCUAUCCUGGACAAGGCCAACGCCGACAUGCAAGCUUCUGCGGAUGCUAUCUGUGAAUCAGUCCCUUGCCACCUCGGCGACACCGUGGUCCCAACCAAUCCGGUACAUUCACAUGAGAUCAAUUUCCCGUACAAAGACAUUGUGGACCAGCAAACAGGCCAAACCAUCCGCAUACCGACCGAUGCUAAUUACAAAACUCAUGCCGCCGCAUCCGGCGGUUGGGUCAUGUUUGCACGCAUCGUUGUCCUCUACCGCCUGGCGGAGCCCGAGGACGACGCGCUACCGUUGGUCUUACGGGAGGGUCAAUUGGACUGGAUCAAGGCACAGAUCAAAAGGUUGCAGACCAUCUUUCUUUUCUGCAACCCUGUAUGGUUCAAGCGCCUGCCGCAAGGACGUGGGACGACCACUUUCAAUAUCGAGUCUUGAGCCAAAAGGUAACCAAGGGCCUUUGCUAGCUCUUGGUUUACAUGCUUAGCCCCCAGCUUCACGGGCUGUUGUUGUCAGCAUUCGGCAUGAUUUCGUGCCAUAUCCAAACUGUCUGAUCUCAAUCCUAUGCUGGACCAGUUGUACGUUGGGGAGUUUGCAUGCCAAAUGGCGUCCGGUUCUUGUCCUCCACUAAAUCAAUCCCUCUUUCGGGAAAAUCUUAGGGACUGACAAAACUGGUGACAUGGACCCGAAAACCCGGUCUAACUGUUAUUACUCAUCUUAGAGUUUGGAUCCGGCCGCCUCGCGCUGUGCUGCCCUUCGAAUGACAGGCGCAGCAGAUGCAUUCAUGCCAAAGAGAAAAGGCACGAAGGACGGUUGCUAGCUGUAUAACGGGCCAUUGGCCCGUGGUCAAGGUCAAGUCUCCGUUGGGUCAAUUCAUGUUUCCGCUCCUUUCUGUGCCGGCAGUCUUCCCUCGGACCAAGACUUUUAGCCACGACAGCUCUUGUUGUCGCAAGGCGCCACAGUUCGGGUGUUCACAGCGCAUCCUGGUGGGCGGAGGCAGUUACGACCCCUACUAUUCUUGACUCCGCGUUCUCACGAACUCAAGUAACUCACUUGGAGAUAGCUUUUUCCAAGAAAAAAAAACCUCAACAUCCGGCGGGUUGGCCUGUCGAAACAUGUCAGCGCAAACCCGACCGUCCAGCGGCCUCGUGCUGUGCAAGACAGUGCAGGACAUGUUUCAAGGGCAGGCUGGGCCGCCGAACCAGCAAAAAGAAAUAAAAAUAUACAAUCACAAAUCAUCAUCAUCACCAUUAUUGAUAUAGUAUUGGAUGGACAUGAUGGGGUCCCACUCUACCGAGCACUACGCAAAAAAUCUACCACACCCCUCGUAUAGCCGACCAACUGGCUCAACCGCUUUUCUUCCCUGUCCAUGGCGUCGCGCCACGCGAGCACCGCAUCACUCAGCUCCUUGACUUCGCCAACGAAGUCACCAUGGAUCUUGAGGAAGACGCUCAUCCACGUGUUGACCAGUUCAAAGGACUUUCUUAGUCCAAGUUGACUGGUCAGAGCGCGGACAAACACGGACAUCUCAUGCAGUGUCAGCGAGCGGAUCUCGAGGUCGGCGGCAGAAGGAGGCAAAGCCGUCAGAUAAUCAGCUAGGGGAGAUGGGUCGCCUCGCGGAUCAGAUGCAAACUUGUCCAAGAUAGUAGACAUUUGCGAGUGAUGCUGUUCGGAUAGUGCGGUCGACGCCAGCCGGGAGAUUCGAGACCGUUCGGUUUCUUCGAUUUGUUUGGUAUCCUGAUCGAGGGCGAGGGCAUUGUUGGUGCCGUCUGUGAGAGCGCCGCCAUUGAUGGUGGUGAGACUUGUCCCCAGGAAGAAGGGGGCGGCCUUGGGCUUUUCCGGAGGCUGGACCGGCUUGUUCCGUUGCCGGAUGCUUUCGAGAUUCAACAGGGUUUGCCAUCUUGACGGAGGAACGAGGGACAAUGUAAGUAGUUUCUGGUCGAGCUGGUCUAUAGUCGAUGAUGGACUGUCCACUUGGUCGUCGUACUCUCCCGCUGUGGCACUGUCGGUGGCCUGUUCUAUAGCCAAUUGGCUCGCAGCUUGGAACUCGGCCGUCUCGCUGAGAUCGAUGAUGCCUUCCAUGUCGUCGAUUUGUCUGGUUGGAAUGUGCGUGAACAAGGUUUUAUUCGUCCAGAUGUUGAUGCCUGGCUGCCCAGCAUGUGCAGUGGCUAGAAACUCGCCGGUGCUUGAGAACGCAACGCCCGUACAAGUGGCUGUCUUGAAUGCGUCGACGAGAUGUCCUGUCGCGAGAUCAAAGACGCGAACAACCGAGUCCAUGGAGCAUGCGACAAUCCAUCUUCCGUCGUGGGAGAAGCAAAAAUCGUAGAUCUGGCCCACACAUCCCCACAGCUCACGGACUGUCUUGCGAGUUUCGACAUCGACGACUCGCAGACAUAGGUCGUCGCACGAUAUUGCCAGCAACCCUGAGACGGGGUUGUAGCGAAUAGCUGUGGGCAUCGCCCCGUCGAACUUUGUCUUUUCGAGGAUCCUGCCUGUGGCGAAUUCCCAGUAUAUGAUUGAUCCAUCUAGACUGGUAGAGACCAUGGUCCGGUUGAGAUUGUCGACAAUGAUGCCCGUAAUGGCGUCGCGAUGGCCUCGGGCUGACGAGGCUACCACUGCGUCAGAUGGCGUCUGUUGUUGCAAUUUCAUUGCUUUGACUUGAGAAGGGGGCAGGCGAGGGGGAUACCGUUGACGGUGUGCGCCGGAUUGCAGAUUGAACAUAUCGAGACUCCCCCCGGCUGAGCCCACGAUCGCGAAGGUGCCGCAUGCGGUGAUCGCCACACUCGUAACCGGCUUGCGAUCUCCCGUCUCAAAGGCCCAUCGGCCUGCUUUCUUCCUUCCCCAUGACCAGGUUCGUGCAAAUCGAUCAUCGGCGUGGGCCGUGACGAUGCUCUCCCAUCCCGUCAUGCUAACCUCCUCGGCGUUGACCUUCUUGACGUUUUCCCACACUGGACCGUUGACCGCGCCCAUACCGCCAUCACGGCUCAAUGAACAAGCCAUGUCGAUGAUUGGUGGGGCCUUGAAAUCCUCGACUCCGGCCGAGUCGUCACCAAGAAGUCCAACCUUACGGGCCUUGUGUUUCACAGCACCUUGACUCAACUCUGUACUCUGUCCAUCUUUGCGCAAACUGAGUCCCCACAAGCUUCGGUCCUGGGCCGCGGACAAAAGCCAUUUGCCAGCUGCGUCUGACCCAUCCGACGCCGCAGGGAGGAAUUCGAGCUUCGUAACGGAGGCUGCAUGUCCGCUUCUGGAAUGCAAGGGACGUGGAAUAGGCGAGAACGGGUUCUGAUCGAAUACCCAUGAUCGAAGGGCAUUGUCUAGUCCGGACGAGAUCAAGACAGCCUGACCAGGUAGAAAUUCCACCUUGUUCACACCAG